UGCGCCGGUCGGUUCCUCCGCCUCCUCCUCCUCCUCCCAGAGAAGCUUCGCCGGACGGGCUCCAGCGCUUCGGGGAGGCAGGAAGGGAGGGAGAGAGGGAGGGAGGGAGGAGGAAGCGACCGCGGUUGGAGGCAGGCAAGCGCCGGCAACCGGCUCGGCUCGGGGAGUCAUGGAGCGCUGGAAGAACCGGGUGGCGCUGGUCACGGGCGCCUCGGCGGGCAUCGGAGCGGCCGUUGCUCGGGCGCUGGUGCAGCACGGGUUGAAAGUGGUGGGCUGCGCCCGGAGCGUGGACAAGAUCGAGAAGUUGGCAGCCGAGUGCGAGAGCGCCGGCUAUCCGGGCGUCCUCAUCCCAUAUAAGUGUGAUCUCUCGGUGGAAGAAGAGAUUCUCUCCAUGUUCUCUGCCAUCAAGACUCUCCAUCAGGGCGUUGAUGUCUGCAUCAACAAUGCUGGCUUGGCCAGGCCGGAACCUUUGCUGUCUGGCAAGACCGAAGGUUGGAGAACCAUGAUAGAUGUCAAUAUCUUAGCGGUCAGCAUUUGCACGCGAGAGACUUACCAAUCCAUGAAGGAAAGAAACAUUAACGAUGGACACAUCAUCAACAUUAACAGCAUGAGUGGUCACAGGGUGGUCCCAGAGUCAGUCGAACACUUUUACAGCGCCACAAAGUAUGCUGUCACGGCUUUAACCGAAGGGCUUCGGCAGGAACUAAGAGAAGCAAAGACACAUAUACGAGCCACGUGUAUUUCACCAGGUUUGGUCGAGACCGGAUUCGCUUUUAAACUGCACGAUAAUGAUCCGGAAAGAGCUGCGGCCACAUAUGAGAGUAUUAGGUGUCUAAAAGCUGAAGAUAUGGCCAACGCUGUAAUAUAUGUUCUCAGCACUCCACCUCAUGUACAGAUCGGCGAUAUUCAGAUGAGACCCACCGAACAAAUGUCAUAGCUGAGGAAGGAGAGGAUGGCACAGCCUUUCUCAAAACAGGGUUUUCUUCAGAUGAUCCAGUGACUUUCUAAGGGCCUCCUAGCGGAAGGCCCUGACCCACAGCCCCUUUGGCCAUCUCGCUCUCCUCAGCUGAGCUGACCUCAGUGGAAACUGACAGGAA